AUGAUCCUACACCGCUCCCUAGCCUUUGUCAGUGCCUUCGUUCUCGGAUUGCAUGCGUUGACGCCUUUGCCUCACUGCGAUGCGGAUAACUGCUACCGAGCCCUCUUCCCUUGCCCAACUCCGUCAGCAGUUGCCUCUGCUUCUGCCUUUUGUGCGACUAUAACAGCCGAUGGCACGACGGCGACAAACUUCCCCUCCCGUGCGACAGCGGCUUGUGGCACCGUUCCGGGCCGAUACAUCUCCGCUUGUGUCUGCGGCCCCACCUGUCCCAUCAUCCCGUCGGUAACGCCGACUCCAACUCCGUGCGCUUCUUACGGUGGACUCCUGACCAACGGCGACUUCGAGUGUGGCAUUUCACCUUGGACUGUCAACCGCCCGGAUCCGUUCGCUGUGGCUGGCAUCACAUCUGACUCUGCAAACACCGGGCUGAAAUCCUUCGAGGCUCGCCUGUUCAGCAAUAGGACCCUUCAGAACCCCACCGUCAGUGCUAGAGUCAAAAGCGCAAUUAUUCUAGUGCAACAAGGCGUGCCUUUGAAACUAUCCUUCUCAGUAUGGUUCGAUAACAUGGAUGCUGGGUUUGUAGGAGUGAUGCUCAAUGGGGAGCCGGUCAGGACGAUAGAUGCGAGGGAUGGUCCGGGAUGGGGUAUUUGGAAGACAAGUUUCGUGGAGUAUACGCCGAAUUCGGAUAGCGUACAGAUCACGUUCGAAUUCCUUUUUGGGACGGUUGCCAGCGUGGCAAGACUUGAUAGUGUUGUAUUCGAUUACCUUCAUUAA